AUGUCUGAGAUGUAAUCCAAAAACAACACCAUCCGGGCGUCUUGUGCCGGCUUUGUUGGGACUUUAGUUUCUCGUGUGGGAACCCCAUCGCUUCUUGCAGCCACUGAUUUGUUGGCGAAGAUCAUCCCUCAGCUGAUUGCCUUCUGUAGAGAUUCGAAUCCACAAGUACGAAUGCAUGGAAAACAAACACUUGUAAGCUUAAGCCAGGAUCCUACAUUCGAAAAACAGCUAAAGAAAAGUGUUAGCGAUUCUGAAUUCCGAGCAGUAAAGGAAAUCUUAGAUGACAUUGGGAAAAAGGGUGGCCUUGAUUCCUUGGAUAGUACGAGCAUUUCAUUAUCAUCUUCCCUAUCUCGAACAGGUAGUAUGCGAAAAGCUGUGCAGAGGAAACUGCCUGAUAAUGUCCAACUCGACCUCGAUGAGAUUAAAGCCGACCUUACUGCGGCUGGAUGGGAAAGACGUAUUGGUGGCCUAAAACGGUUCUUGGAAAUGACCAUAUCAACUCCAAAAGCAAUCGCCAGCGAUACGAAGCUGAUGGAAGCGUUUAUCGGACGAUUGAACGAUAUCAAUAGCAAAGUUUCUUUAGAAGGCCUUGACACCUACUUAGCAUCUCUACCUAUUCUCAGCAAGAUGUACUCGACGGAGGCACACUUGAAGGCCGUUCUAAAUCAACUCAUUCUCGCCCUCAUGUCACAUUUAUCGAGCAAAAGUGAAGAUCAUCGUACGACAGCACAAAAAUGUUUACACGAUUCGAUUGUGCAAAUUGGUUAGUU